AUGGCAGCCAGCAGCCCUGAGGGAUCUGAAAUGAAUGGGGUCCUGGAGGGUCCGCAGGCCCAGGGAGAACAGUGUGGACACCCUGAAGCUGGAACUGGCCCUUCCCAGGUCCCAUCUGGGGUAUCAGACAAGCCAGAGUCCAAGCAACCAGAGCCAGACACCAGUGGGGCCCCUGUAGACUCAGAGCCCAAGGCUCGGCUGGCUCCCGAAAGCACAGAGACCCCCGCUGGAGUCUCAGAAACAGCCCAAGCCACAGACCUCAGCUCAAGCUCAGGAGGGAAAUCAAAGGCCAGUUCCAACCCAGAAGAAGCAUGUCAAUACUCAGCAUUCAAAUCAGAGGAAAGUACAAAGGCCACUGCUGACCAGGGGUCCACCAAGCUGGAGUCUGCAGAACUCCCUGAGGCAGCUUCAGAACCAGCUCCACAACAGGACCCCCAGUUAGACCCUCAGCCAGACCCCCAGCCAGGUUCCCAGCCCAUACCCAAGCCAGCCCUCCAACCAGAGCCCCCAAUCCAGGAGGACCCCAGCCCCACCGAGGCCCUGACAGAGAGUAUGGGAGAAAAGCAGGAGAAUGGAGCAGUGGUCCCCCUUCAGGCUGGUGAUGGGGAAGAGGGUCCAGCCCCCCAGCCUCACAUGUCACCCUCCACCAAAACUCCUCCAGCCAAUGGAGCUCCACCCCGAGUGCUGCAACAGCUGGUUGAGGAGGACAGAAUGGGAAGGUCUCACAGUGGGCACCCAGGAUCUCCCCGAGGUAGCUUAAGCCGCCACCCCAGCUCCCAGCUAGGGGGACCUGGGGUGGAGGGGGGUGAAGGCACCCAGAAACCUCGGGACUACAUCAUCCUCGCCAUCCUGUCCUGCUUCUGCCCCAUGUGGCCUGUCAACAUCGUGGCCUUCGCUUAUGCUGUCAUGUCCCGGAACAGCCUGCAGCAGGGGGAUGUGGAUGGGGCCCAGCGUUUGGGCCGCGUGGCCAAGCUCUUAAGCAUCGUGGCGCUGGUGGGGGGGGUCCUCAUCAUCAUAGCAUCCUGCGUCAUCAAUUUAGGCGGUGAGUGGGGGUCUGGGACAGUGGGAGGAAUGGAAGGGUUGGCAUGGGAAGCUUUACUAACCCCUGCCCCUGCUCUCUCCUGUCUGUCCCCCCUACUUCUCCUUUGUCUCUCUUUGUCUCUACCCCCUCCAAUGUCUGUCUGUCCCUCCUUCUCCUCUCCCACAGUGUAUAAGUGA